AUGCAGGUUAGGCAGUCCAUUCCGUGAGGCAUCGCAUUUGGCAACAUGCUCGUCGUACGGUAUCUAAUUGCGUUCGUGUUCUCCAUCUUUAUGAUGGCCACCUCGUUGCGCAUCGCGGAGCGUUUGAGCCGUAAUGGCGACUACAAGAUCUCAACACCUGAUCGCCUGGUGCUGCAAAUGCAGCGACGCGGCGACAAAGUAAAGUUGCGCCAACAGUUGCAGCGACGACGCCUGGGCUGGUGAGAGCCAAAGACCAGAAGUUGCCUUCCCAAAACCCGAGCAGAGAUCUACAGUGGAAAGCCCAGCUUAGCUAUAACUAUAAAUUGUUCCGAACUAAAGAAAACUCUAGGAGCAUAUUUGGAGCCCUCUUUGAGCUCUGUUAAAGACGACGCCCGAGCAGGGAUCCCCAGCGAUAAACUCAGCUUAACUAUAAGUAUUAUAUUACUUAGUAGUAUAAUAUAAAUCAUAUUAUUGCAUAGUCAAUAUAGGCUUUAAGCUAAGCAGAAUACUCUUGGAGGACUUGGGAUCUUCACACUUAAACUCAGCCUAACUAUAAGUCGUAGCCUUAUAAGAUCAAUAUAGUCUCUAAACUAAUCGAACUCUUGCAGAAUGCAAGCAAUACGGUAUUUGAAAUUCCAUUCGAGGAGAUCUAAAGACGACGCCCGAGCAGGGAUUCACUGUGAACUACUUUUGAUAUUUAGAUAUUAGUUAUGCAUAUUACUUUUAAAUAAACUCUGAGUUUUCACUAACUGCUUUACUAAUUAAAA